GAGGAGAAACUGCGCAGGGAAUUACUUUUUCUAACGCCUGGAGGAUUAUUUUCCCUUCUCAGGUUGUACAAGGACAUCUGGCCGACCUGCUGAACCAGCGCACCACCCAUCAUGAUCAGAGCAUCAGUCACUGCCAUCUGCCUCGCGCUCCUCCUGUCCUGUGCUUGCUGGGCCAAGCCUAACGGAUCAAAGAACAAGAAACCAAAGCAAGCUGUUCCAGACAUAGAGUGCGAUGUCAGAGCGGGAAAGAUCAACCUCCCAGAGUUCAUAGUCAGAUGUCCUGCACACUGUAAAGAGACAAAACAGCAGGUUUACGGGACAGGAGUGUUCGCCUCCAUCUCCAGCAUCUGCAAUGCAGCCAUCCACAGUGGCGUCAUCACCAACACGGGCGGAAAGGUGAUCGUGAGGAAGAUGGCCGGGCAGAACAUCUACAAAGGCAGUAACUCCAACGGGGUGCGCUCUCUGUCUCUGCCGAAGUGGAGGGAGUCGUUUGUCGUCUCAGUGGGGAAGCCCAAGAAAGGAGUCAUCUACCCAUCUACCCUGGACUACGUCCCUUCAAGACCAACCUACGUGAAGACAAGUCAAAAGGAGGCCAAAUCCCCCGUGGUUACCACGGUGCUGCCAACGACAACUGCACCUGAACCCACCACAACUGCAACAACUGAACCCACCACCACCACCACUUCUGCCACCACACCAGCUCCCACCACCACCACCAACACACCUCCACCACCACCCACCACUGCCAAAGCUCGAGCUGCUCUGCACAAAGUCAGGGAUGCAGGCAGCAGUCACCCGUACCUUGCCUCUGUGGCAGCUGCAAGACAGUCACAAAAUGGUCAAGGAAAGAGUCCCAGCCAAGUAUUCAGAGGAAGUGCCUUUCCGAAUAGAUUCCCACAUCGAACCAGUGCAGGUCUGCGCAGACCAGAGGCAGGGUCGGCUAUGAGGAGACAGCUAUCCUCUCCAGUAGGCCCAGCUUUUAACAGGGUUCAGCCGGCCCCGCCCGAGCGGACUCCAACCAUGAGCCAGUCCAACCCCGCUUUUCCCAGAAGGGAUUGGGCGCCCCCCUCCUUUCCUCGACCUGAUUGGUUCCCUGGAGCUCGACGACCAGCAGAUAUUAGUUAUGCAGUUCCAGACUCAGGAUACACGUGGAGCGAGACAGACACUCCUGAGAUCACAGCUCCCGAUCACAGGCCUGAUAUGUCAGAGUAUGAGCGCUGGUAUUAUAACUUUGGACCGUACCCGCCCCGAUCCACUGACUCAGAUGUCAACCGUAAGACGCCACUGGACACAACCCAUACUCGAGUGGAGCCAGUGGAUGCCUGGAAGCCAGAGGCAAACCUUUAUGAAUCAGGCUUCAGUUUGAAGGAGCAAGAACCUAUACCCAGAUCACCUGAGCCUGUGUCACAGGGAAACACAAAUUGUAAGGUGGACCUGGCCUUCCUGAUGGACGGGAGCUGGAGCAUUGGGAAGCGGCGUUUUAAGAUUCAGAAGGACUUCCUGGCUGAAGUGGCUCAGACCAUCAACGUGGGCAUGGCCGGACCCAUGAUGGGCAUCAUCCAAUAUGGGGAUGACCCUGUGACAGAGAUCAGUCUGAGGAGUCACUCCAACUCCAGAGAGCUGAAGUCAGCCAUAGAUAAGAUUGUGCAGAAGGGAGGCCUUUCCAAUGUGGGAAAGGCCCUCUCCUACAUCAAUAAGCAGUACUUCAGCGAUGCCAAUGGAAACCGAGGGGGAGCUCCUAACGUGGCUGUGGUGCUGGUGGACGGCUGGCCCACAGACAAGGUGGAGGAGGCGUCUCGGCUCGCUCGGGAGUCUGGCAUCAACAUAUUCUUUGUCACCAUCGAGGGCCCUGACGACAAUGAGAAACAGAACCUGGUUGAGGCCAACUUUGUUGACAAGGCUGUGUGUCGGACAAACGGCUUCUAUUCCCUGCCUGUGACCAGCUGGUUUGCCCUGAGGAAGACCGUGCAGCCCCUGGUGAAGAGAGUGUGCGACACAGACCGCCUGAUGUGCAGCAAAACCUGCCUCAACGCCAACGACAUCGCCUUUGUCAUCGAUGGCUCCAGCAGUGUGGGAACCGGCAACUUCCGCACCGUGCUGCAGUUUGUGGCCAACGUCACACGGGAGUUUGAGAUCUCUGACACGGACACGCGGGUGGGAGCUGUGCAGUACACCUACGAGCAGAGGCUGGAGUUUGCCUUCGGCCAGUACAACAACAAGGCCGAGCUGCUGAACGCCAUCAAACGCAUCAACUACUGGAGCGGCGGGACCAGCACUGGUGCUGCCAUCACCUACGCCGCAGAGCAGCUCUUCAGCAAAUCCAAACCCAACAAACGCAAGAUCAUGAUUGUCAUUACAGACGGCCGCUCCUAUGAUGACGUCAGGGCACCUGCUCUGGCUGUCCACAGCCAAGGUGUGAUCGCCUACUCCAUUGGCAUUGCCUGGGCAGCCCAGGACGAGCUGGAGUACAUCGCCACAGACCCCGACAAGGAGCACUCCUUCUUUGUGGACGAGUUUGACAACCUCUACAAAUUUGUACCCAAGAUCAUCCACAACAUCUGCCAGGAGUUCAAUUCCCAGCCCAGAAACUGAGGACGGACGUGUGGAGGGGGAGGUGUAAAGAGGGACAUCUUGAUCGAGGGCCGUCUCAACAGAGCGCUGAUUGUAAAUUUACUCACUCUGUUGAAACAGAUGGUGGUGCUGGAUUGGCUGCAGCCCCCCCGUAUUUGAGCAGGGAGGGGUUCUGAAUUUACAUGAGGAUUGUGGGUUUGGACAAAUCAAAUCUUUAAGUCAAUCAGCAUCUGGUCCCAAAUAUACAAAUGGUGCUAGUAGUAAAGGGUUUGCAUAACACAGUGACAUACUGACAUCUCAUGUGGCGCCAGUUGUUCUCUGUUGGUGCCAUAAAGAGAACAGAGUAUUCCUAGUCAUUUAAAAUGAUGGUACCACUUUCUAUUAAGUCACCUUUUAUAAUGCAAGUUGUAAAUAAGAGUUUUAAAAAUAAUUUACUAUUGCUUUGAAGAUCAGUUUUAAGUCAUUUAUAUAAAGGUCAUUUAUAUGGUGUUAAUCCUCAUUUUGAAUUUCUUUUUUAUCAUGCAAAUGUCCAAUGGACUGUUUGACCUCUGACCUUCUGGAAAGGAACUGCAGAACAUCUGGACCAAAAUUAAUCUGUUAACAACUUGUCAGUGUUCACUAACUACAUAUUUGAUUGAUUGAAUUUGUAUCUAGAAGCUGGUAAAAGCAAGAGACAUGCUGGAGGAGCCAAAGGGAAAUUUCUCACAACUUGGCAACUCAAAACUUAGUUAAAGUAAAUGAUUUAUUUGCAUUAAUAAAUCCCUUAUGUGCAACUUAUAGAGACUUCAUAAAGGGUGCCUUACUAGGACGUGGGACCAGACUGAUUAACAAAUAUAAAGCUGCCUUACUGGGAUAUGGUGCUUGCAGAGAGAUGUAGAUUUAAAGCAUGCCUAGCACUUCC